AUGGUUUGGUAUAAACAAUGCAUUCCUAGGCAUGCGUUUCAUAUAUGGCUCGUUAUCCAGAAUAAAUUGAAGACGCAGGAUCCGCUCUCGGUUUGGGAAGCGGGAAGUGAAACAAAUUUGAAUCUCAUGUGUUGUCCUUUAUGCUACUACAACAGGGAUUCGAGGGACCAUCUAUUCUUUGAAUGCUCUUUUGCUAUGCAGGUUUGGAACAAAGUUAGGAGCUUCACUAAUAUGGGGGAUGUCAAUGGCGAUUGGAGUGAUAUCAUGGCUUGGAUGAAUCAUAAUUCGUCCCUUCAGAAACCUGAUAAUGUGAUUAGUAGGUUGGUCGUUGCGGCUGCAACUUACUUCAUUUGGCAAGAACGUAACAGCCGGCUGUUUUCAAGGAACCGUCGGACGGCUAUGGUAGUAUCUCAUGAAAUUCUUACUACGGUCCGAGUGCGGCUUCUGUCUCUUAAGUUCAAACGGCAAUUUGAGAAUCGGAGCUUGGUGGAUAAAUGGAAGAUUCCUGACAACAACUUGGAGCUCGAACCCGGCUAG